AUGGAUGAUCCAUAUAUCACAGACUUUGGGGAUAAUUUAGAUGAGAUGUUGCGUCGUACUAACGAGCCAAAUGUCGAUGCAAAAAACUUUUAUCGCCAUCUAGAAGAGGGAAAGCAGCCUCUAUAUCCGGGAUGUAAAAACUUUUCGCGAUUAAGUUUUACUAUUAAGAUGUAUUCGUUAAAGUGUUUACACGGAAUUUCAGAGGCAGGACUUAGUGAUAUAUUAGAACUGAUCAAAGAUGCCUUUCCCGAAGCAAAUAUUCCCUUGUCUUUUAAAGCCGCGAAGAACACAAUUAAAGAUUUAGGGCUCGAUUAUCAAAAGAUACAUGCGUGUCCCAAUAAUUGCAUGCUAUUUUGGGCUGAAAAUGAAAAGGAAGAAGCAUGCAAAAAUUGUGGUGCUUCAAGGUGGACUGUAGUGGAAAAGAAAGGUGUCGGGGUCGACAAUAAUCCGAAGAUGUCGAUUCACAAGGUCCCGGCUAAUGUGAUGCGGUAUUUUCCACUUAAACCUAGGUUGCAGCGGAUGUUUAUGUCCAAAGAGUUUUCAAAACUAAUUCUAUGGCAUGCUAAAGGUCGGAAAAGAGAUGGUAAACUUCGCCAUCCAGCCGAUGCGGAGGCUUGGAAACUGAUGGAUGUUAAAUAUCCUCACUUCUCGUCAGAACAUAGAAACAUUAGGUUAGGCCUCGCUGCGGAUGGUUUCAAUCCUUUCCGCACAAUGAAUACUACUCAUACUACCUGGCCAAUCAAUUUGGUGAACUAUAACCUUCCGCCUUGGUUGUGUAUGAAGCAAGAAAAUCUCAUUCUUUCAACUCUUAUAUCUGGUCCACAGUCCCCUGGAAAUAGCAUCGAUGUUUUUAUGCAGCCCCUAAUAGCUGAAUUGAAGGAGCUAUGGGAUGCAGGCAUUCAAACUUAUGAUGCGCUUACUGACCAGAAUUUCACCUUACGUGCAAGUGUGAUGUGGACAAUAAGCGAUUUCCCCGGCCUAGCAAUGUUAUCUGGUUGGAGCACGAAGGGGAAAUUAGCUUGUCCCGUCUGCAAUUACGAGACUUCCUCCAUGUAUCUAAAACAUAGUAGAAAAUUGUGUUACAUGGAUCAUAGGAGAUUUCUCAAUCCUGAACAUCCUUGGAGGCUUGAUAAAAGGAAGUUCAAUGGCCAAACUGAAAUGCGAGGCUGUCCUGAGACUUUGUCCGGAACAGACAUAGAAGAAUUGCUGUUUGGCUUUGUAAAUCAGUUUGGAGUGAAGAAUAAACCCAAGAGAGGAGAAAAAAGAAAGCGGAAAGAAACUGUGAAAUCAAAAUCUCCUUUCAAAAAGAAAUCAAUUUUCUUCAAUUUGCCGUAUUGGAAGGACAAUUUAUGUCGACACAACCUCGAUGUCAUGCACAUCGAGAAGAACGUUUGUGAUAACAUAAUAGGAACUUUGCUUAACAUUGCUGGAAAGUCAAAGGACCACCUGAAGGCUCGUCUAGAUAUGCAAGAGCUUGGCAUCAGGAAAGUCCUUCAUCCCAUUCCUUCCCCUGACGGGAAACACCUUGAAAUACGGGCUGCCAUAUUCGACAUGACAAAAACUGAAAAAGAAAUAUUUUGCUCAGUGUUAAAAAAGACUAAAUUGCCCUAUGGAAGUGCAUCCAAUAUUAGUAGGUAUGUGAACCUGAAGGAGAGAAAGGUGUCAGGCUACAAGAGCCAUGAUGCUCAUUUUGUCCUGCAUUAUUUGUUACAAUUUGCAGUGAAAAAAACUUUAAAACCUGCUGCUGCCAUCCCUCUUAUCAGACUGGGGGCAUUUUUAAGAGGGAUUUGGAGCAAAGAUGGAAGAAUACGUAAACCUCAGAUUCCAUCACCAGGGAGAGUUUUCGAGUACAGCAUAUGCUGGUGGGGAAGAAACCGUCAUAGGGGAUGUCGAGUGUGA